AUGAACACUGACGGGGCGGCUCAAGGCAGCCCGGGAAUCGCCUCCGCCGGCAGAGCACUUCGUGAUUCACAAGGCACGUGGCUGGGCGGCUUUUGCAGCAAGAUGGGUAAUGGUACAUCCAUUAUGGCCGAGCUCUGGGGGAUUCUUCAGGGACUUCAAUUGACUUGGAAGAAAGGUAUUAGAUUCCUCAUCCUCGAAUCGGACUCUCAACUCGCUUUGGAUUUGAUUAAGAACAGGACGGAUGCAGCUCAUCCACAUGCCACUAUUCUUGGAUUGAUUCGUCGUCUUCUCGCUCAAGGCUAG